AUGGUAGAUCUCGAAAGGCGACUGGUUCGCAAGCUCGAUUGCUUUAUCCUGAUUUAUUGCUGCGCUGCAUACUUCUUCAAUUACCUUGAUCGCAGCGCAUUCGCCAAUGCCUACGUGUCUGGACUGAAAGAAUCUCUCGGACUCGAAGGCGACCAAUACAGCAUUCUACUUACUAUGUUUACUGCGGGCAGCUGUGUUGGUCAAAUUCCUCAUGCUCUCAUGCUUCAGAAAGUCGCCCCGCGGUUCUGGCUGCCUUUCACGCUGUUGGUGUGGUCCGGCCUAACGAUGUGCUCUGCGGCAUGCAAAACUUACGCCCAGCUAUGCGUAGUUAGAUUCUUCCAGGGCUUCUUCGAGUCAAGUCUCUAUAGCGGCACUAUCUACAUCCUUGGUAGUUGGUAUAAGCCCUUGGAAAUUGCUAAGCGAACAGCCAUCUUCACGGCUAUCGGGCAGAUUGGUAGUAUGUUCGCUGGUGUGAUGAUGACCGCAAUGAACGAGAGUCUGCAUGGGCAGACUUCGCUUCAAGGAUGGCAAUGGGUGUUCAUCAUUAACGGCGCCAUGGGAAUUCCGUUCGGCAUCUUCGGACUCAUGUUCUUUCCCAACUUACCAGAGUCUACAGACGCCCCCUAUCUCAGCAAAGAGGAGAUACAGCUGGCGAUAGACCGCCUACCCCCGAAAAAGGAUUGGAGCCAUGACAUUAGUCUAAAAUCACUUGCUAAGAGACUGUUAGCCAAGCCGGACGUUUACAUAUUUACUCUCUACUCCGUGGUAGCUUGCGCGUUGGAAGCGAUCGUUUUGCAAGGUCUAUUUUUGCUCUGGAUGAAAGCGAAUGCUGAGAAAUUUUCCUCAUAUGCGACUACGACCUACCCGUUAGGUAUACAGGCCGUUUCUAUCGUCUCCAACGUCGGAGCGGGCUACGUUAUCGACAUCACCAAUCGCCGCAUACCCAUGGUCUUACUCGCUGGUGUCUUGCAGCUUCUGGUCGCGAUCCUCUUACUCAUACCCGAUCUGUCGAUCGCUGGAACGUUUUUCGCGUUUUACUUGGCUGGUACCUCAUACAUCGUCAAUCCCAUUCUUUAUGGAUGGGCCAGCGUGAUCUCUCAGCGCAGUGGUGAUGACGCUUCUCGGUCGGUCACUCUGUACAUUAUGAGCAUGGUGCAGUCGAUAUUGUACACAUUCUGGGGAAUUGCGCUCUAUCCAGCAAGCGAUGCACCGUAUUGGAAGAAGGGUUAUAUCGCGAUGAUUGUGGUCGUUUUUGCUUUCUUUGGCGUGACUGCGGCUGUCCAUUGGUUGGAUCAAAGGUCUCAGAAGAUUGAGAGCAACGCGGCUGAAGAGAUCACACAUAUGAGUGAAAGAAUGAGCGAGAGGAAUAGAAAGGAUCCAAGACUGGAGGAUUGA